AAACAACGAUCAGUCAAGAAGAAGAGAAGAAACUAUAGAGUAAGUCAAUUACUCUCAAAAUGUCCUUGUAUAGUAUUGUUUAACUCUCUUCCCCUGUGUAUGUAUUAUUUCACUUUUCGCAAUGGCGACAACGAACAACAACAACACUCCAACGACAACACCAGAGGAGCUAACAGCGAAGGCUCUGAACAAAAGAUACGAAGGCUUAAUCACAGUGAGAACAAAAGCAGUGAAAGGCAAAGGCGCGUGGUAUUGGACACACCUGGAACCAAUCCUCGUACUCAAUACCGACACUAAUCUCCCCAAAGCCGUUAAACUCCGCUGCUCCUUAUGCGACGCCGUUUUCUCCGCCUCCAACCCUUCCCGCACCGCCUCCGAACAUCUCAAACUCGGCACCUGUCCCAAUUUCACCUCCUCCGUCAUCCCUCCUCCUCCCUCCUCCUCCUCCUCUCCUCACCACAACCGGAAACGUAACUCCUCCUCCUCCGCCGCAGCUUCUUACAACGUGACGCCUAUAACCGUCGUCGAUCCUUCUAGAUUCUCCACCGGAAUGCUCUCCGGCGGAAAAGACGAUUUGGCUCCGUUAGCUAUGCUUGAAGACAGUGUGAAGAAGCUAAAGAGUCCCAAACCGUCUCACACUCAGUCUCUCACGAGAUCGCAGAUAGACUCGGCUCUUGACUCGCUCUCCGAGUGGGUCUUCGAGUCUUGCGGCUCGGUCUCACUCUCUGCUCUCGAGCAUCCCAAGUUCCGAGCUUUUCUCACCCAACUCGGUUUACCGAUCAUCUCCAAGAGAGACUUCGCCACUACGAGACUCGACGCGAAGUACGAGGAGGCGAGGGCUGAGUCCGAGUCGAGGAUCCGUGACGCCAUGUUUUUUCAAAUCGCUUCUGACGGGUGGAGAUCGAGAUUGAGAUCGAGAGAGGAGAGUAGUCUGGUGAGUCUUGUCGUGAAUUUACCCAACGGGAUGAGUUUGUAUAGAAAAGCGGUUUUGGUUAACGGAGGAGGAGAUUUUCCGGCGAACUACGCGGAGGAGGUUUUGUUGGAGACGGUUAAGGGUAUUUGUGGAAAUUCACCUCAGAGGUGUGUUGGGAUGGUUUGUGAUAAGUUUAAGACCAAAGUGUUGAAGAGUGUUGAGAGUCAGCAUCAGUGGAUGGUUAACCUGUCGUGUCAGUUUCAAGGGCUUAAUAGUUUGGUUAAAGAUUUUGUGAAAGAGUUGCCUUUGUUCAAAUCCGUGUCGCGGAACUGCGUGAGGGUCGCUGAGUUUAUCAAUAACACGGCGGUGAUGCGUCACGCGCAUUGUAAGUAUCAGUUGCAAGAGCACGGUGAGGCGAUAAUGCUGCGGUUGCCUUUAGAUUGUUGUAGUGUUAGUAAGGCUUGUUGUGAGUUUGAGGCAUUGUUUAAUCUUCUUGAGGAUGUGUUGAGUUCCGCUAGAGCGAUUCAGCUGGUGAUGCAUGAUGAGGCUUGUAAAGCUGUUUUGAUGGAGGAUCAUAUGGUUAGAGAGGUUAUGGAGAUGGUUGGAGAGCAAAGGUUUUGGAACGAGGUGGAGGCGGGUCACGGUUUGAUCAAGCUUGUUAAAGAGAUGGCUCGGAGGAUAGAGGAAGAGAAGCUUCUUGUUGGGCAGUGUCUUCCUCUAUGGGACGAGGUUAGAGCCAAGAUUAAAGAUUGGGAUUCUAGGUUUCAAUUAGGGGGAGGACAUGUUGAUGAGAUUGUUGAGAGGAGAUUCAAGAAGUGUUAUCACCCGGCUUGGGCGGCUGCGUUUAUACUAGACCCUCUUUACUUGAUAAGAGAUAGUAGUGGGAAGUAUCUUCCUCCGUUUAAAUGUUUGUCACCGGAGCAAGAGAAAGAUGUAGAUAAGUUGAUAACAAGGCUUGUGUCUAGAGACGAGGCACACAUUGCGUUGAUGGAGCUUAUGAAAUGGAGAACCCAAGGGCUUGAUCCUAUGUAUGCACGUGCCGUUCAGAUGAAAGAGCGUGACCCGGUUACUGGAAAGAUGAGGAUAGCUAAUCCUCAAAGCAGUAGGGUUGUUUGGGAGACGUAUCUUAGUGAGUUCAGGUCACUAGGGAAAGUUGCUGUAAGGCUAAUUUUCCUCCAUGCUACUACUUGUGGGUUCAAAUGCAAUUCCUCUCUUUUGAAAUGGGUUAACUCUCAUGGGAGGUCACAUGCAGCCAUAGAUAGAGCUCAGAAGAUGAUUUUUAUAUCGGCCAAUUCGAAAUUUGAGAGAAGAGAUUUCUCUAAUGAAGAGGAUAGGGAUGCAGAACUACUAGCCAUGGCUAAUGGUGAUGAUAAUUUGCUUAAUGAUGUUCUUGUUGACACAUCCUCAGUGUGACAUUUUUUUUUCAUAAAUUUCAAUUCUAUGUUUUGAUCAAUUUGAUUUCAGCUUAGUUUUUUUUUUCAUUAGAAUUUGUCAUUUUUGUAGGAUUGUUUGGAUUCUUUUCUUUCAUUCUCAUUACCAUUUACCAUCAUUAAUAUUAAAUUUGUA